AUGUUUACUAAAGAAUAUGAACAGAUUUGUUCUACUUAUUUAAUUGAUAAAGCAAUUGAAUCUUCCAAUGAUUUAACUAUCGGAACUUCAAUAUCAACAUUAAACGAUGGAAAUCAUGAAUCGGAAGACUCAUACAAUGUUUUAACUAUUGGACCUUCAAAAAUAACAUGCAACGAUGGUGAUAAAGGAAAAGAAAACUACUCCAAGUUUUCUAAUGUUAUAUCAAUGGAUGCAACAUAUAGAAUAAACAGGUACAAUAUGAUAUUUGUUCCUUUUACUGCUAUAAACAACCAUGAAAAGACAAUCAAUGUUGGAGCAGGACUAAUAUCAGAUGAAACAAUUGAAUCAUACACUUGCAAAGGUGUUUCAAGGAUGUACUCACAGAUUAUGUAUGUGGCACAUAAUGUCAAAAAUGCCAUAAAGAUUGAACCUGGUGUAGUUUCAAAUUCAGAUUUCAAGAAACGCAUAAAUCAACUAGUUUGGAAUAUGAAUAUUGAACCAUCAUAAUUUGAGAACAAAUGGGACUUGAUGUUGCAUGAAUUUCAUUUGAAGGAUAAUAAAUGGUUAGCUGAUAUGCUCAACAAGAGAGACAAAUGGAUUCCCUCCUAUUUCAGAGAUAUACAAAUGUGUGGAAUUAUGAAGACUACAUCUCAAUCUGAAAGUUCAAAUUCAUUUUUCAAUGUUUUCUCAAGUCCAACCAACUUACUUGUGAAUUUUAUGUUCAAUUUUGACACUGCAUUUUCAAAGCAAUGUCAUGAGCAAAAAAUAUUAGAUAUUGCAUCAAGAGAUACUUCUCCACAACUGUUAUUUCCACAUGAAAAUUUGAAAAUUGAAAAGCAUGCAUCAUUGGUAUACACACGAGAAGCAUUCCUUAAAGUGCAGAAACAAAUAAAAAAUGCAUUCUAUCAGUGUUUUCAAAAAAAUUCUGUUUUAAUUGAUGUCCAUCAACAAUGCACAAUUGUCUACAAAGAAAUCAAGUCAGGCAAAUGACCAGAAUUGAAGGUAUGGAAAUAUGCUACUUAAUGAUUAUUUUAAUUAAACAUUAGUUUGACUUUAAAAUAAUAUUAAUGUAAUUACAUUUUAUUAUUAUCUUUCAGAUUUCUUUUGACGCAAAAGAUGAAACAAUUGAAUGUGAAUGUUUGCAUUCACAUUUUUUGGAAUCCUUUGUAGUCAUGAUUUUAGAGUUCUUAUAGAUUAUGACAUUACCAUGAUACCUGAAAAAUACAUUCUGGAUAGAUAGAGAAAGAACAUAGUGGAUAUUGGUUUUCAAAAGAUAAACCGAAAAUGGAGAGUGUGCAGUACAGAAAUUUCAAAUCUCUUGCAGGAUGCUACUUCUUUUUAUGAGAAAUGCAUUGAAUCAGUUAUUCAUGACAAUGAAAAAUUACAAGAAUUGGUGAACUCUCUUCAACAAUUAAGUGAAACUUGUGGAAAGGAUGUUGCUUCUAGAUCAAGUUCAAUUCCAAUAAAAGAUGUUGUUGAAAAUAUCAUUGGAGUUCUAAUUUCAACUGAUGUGAAAAUCAAAGUACCAAGUGGGAUAAAAACAAAAGGAAGUGGAAGGAGGAAUCGAAUCAAAAGUGCAGCAGAAAAAGCAAUAGCUAAAUCACUUAAACCAAAACGCACAUGCAAAGGAUGCAAGCAAUUAGUCAACCAUGAUCUAAGAAAUUGCCUAAUAAAUCCUUCAAAUGUUCUUAAGCCUUUCAAAAAACAAC